CUCUAGAUUUGCUUCAUUCUGGGACUCAUGACCCAUCAAAUUGGGCAUCAAAGUCGUGUUGUAUCCUAAAUUCGAGCACAUUUUAAUGGUGAUCUUCUCGCACCUCAGAACAGCUCUCCCAGCACCGAAAAAACAAACGAAAACGACGAGUACUCGCGCCAACUUCAUACUGGUAACGAACUUUGGCAGCUGUCAGUCGGUUAAAAUGUCAUUCCGUGCGUGUUUUGUUUACCGCGUCUGUGUUAAAAUGGAGAGCGUUUUCUUACGUCCUUUCGUGACUGUGGACGCUUGUAAACUGAAAAGCUGGCCUUAAGGUCGCUGAACAAAUGAAUGCCAAGCCGACUGUGUGUCGGCUCUACAAAACAACCGCUUUACAAAAGUUUUUAGAGUGCCGGGAUAAUUUAGCAAAGCACCACCGAUGCGAUUUAGUCGCGAGGGGCAUAUUUAUGAAAAAUGUAAGAUUUUCUGUUUAGAUGCAGAUUCCUACUACACCAGCAGCUUACAUAAUUUGACAGCCAGCCGGUGUACUGUCAAAAAAAGUUUCAUAACCACCUCGAUAGCAAAAAUAUUCUUGAUCUUAAAACGCAAAAUGUUCACCCUCAGGCAACUGUCUCAAGCUGUGGCGAGAAAUGUGAGGUCAAAGCACACUUUGCCCGAUUUGCCGUACGAUUAUGCGGCUUUGGAACCGGUGAUUUCCCGCGACAUAAUGAAUUUGCACCACAGCAAGCAUCACCAAACUUACGUCACCAAUUUGAACGCUGCCGAAGACAAGUUGAAGUUGGCUGUGGAAAAAAGCGACGUCAGUACCAUCAUUUCCCUGGCUCCAGCCUUAAAAUUUAAUGGAGGUGGGCAUUUAAACCAUUCCAUUUUCUGGCAAAAUUUGUCACCAGGUUCCACCAAACCCAGUGCUGAUUUAACUGCCUUGAUUGAUAAGUCUUUUGGAAGUUUUGAUAAGAUGAAAACAGAUUUAUCCACUGCCACUGUGGCUAUACAAGGUUCAGGUUGGGGCUGGCUAGGUUAUUGCAAAAAAUCAGGUUUGAUCAAGAUUUCUGCUUGCCCAAAUCAAGACCCCUUGGAAGCUACCACAGGAUUGGUCCCAUUACUGGGAAUUGAUGUCUGGGAACAUGCCUACUAUUUGCAAUACAAAAACGUCAGAGCUGACUAUGUUAAAGCCAUCUUUGAUAUUAUCAACUGGAAAGAUGUGUCUGAAAGAUUAGCCAAAGCUAAGUAAAUGAUUAAAAUUGUAAUUAUAAAUUAAGGAUUUUAAAAUGAUAAUUUGAACCAAGCUUUAUUUUUGUUAGAUGUAAUUAAGUGCUUAUAUUUUUAUUAAAUACCUACAUACCUAGUUGGUUUUUACUCCUG